UCACUUGUUUCUUUUCUCGUCUUUUAACAACAAUAGUACACUGUACACCUAAGCUUAAUUCAAUCCAUAACUCCUCUCUCUCUUCAAUGGAUUUCCGUGCGCCGCCGCCAUCUCCCGUCGCCUCUGCGCGGCGCUCGUCGCUCCCCGACGACGACGUUUUCCGCCAAUUCUUGGACACCUCGCUCCGUCUCCCAACCAUUAACGACCACCGACAACCACCGCCUCCCAAGGUUGACUUUCGAUAUUUGUGUUCCGACAACGCUCUCCGACAUGUCGUUUCGGAAUCUUUGGCCACUGUCGGAUGCUUUCAGCUGAUCAACCAUGGGAUUCCACUGGACUUGAUCGCAUCGACCGCGGAAGACGCCGUCGGAAUCUUCCAGAUGCCGCCGGAGAAGCGAGCAUCCGCCGCGAGGUCGCCGGAGAGUCCUUGCGGGUUCGAGGAACAGGAUUCAGAGGAGAAUGAGUUAAGCCAAGAGUUCGUGUGGGGUACAGAUAUCGACUUCAACAUCAAAAUGGAGACUCUUUUUCCCGUUGGAUAUUCAAACUUUAGUAAGAAGAUGGACACUCUUCAGUCGAGGAUAGAAAAGGUUGCGGAGAUAAUUUUGACAGUGAUAAUCAAAGAUUCUCCCAAAAAAUUUGCAAAUUGUGUUGAGAUGAUUGGUGGGCAUGAACGUGGGACACUUUGUUGUGUUUAUAAGCACAAUCCAGCUAAUACGCAAAGCCAAUGGACAAACUCUUUAAGAUUUUGAGCGACGGGCACUACAAGCAUGUGAUUGGAAGGCCAAUAUUUAAGGGUGAGAAAGGGGACUUCAUUUCAAUGGCUUUCCUCUAUUCUCCACCAAACAGCAAGAACAAUUAUGAAACCAGUGGGGAAAGAACUAUUUCCCUAGCCUUGCAAGCCAUGUUAGCUAUGAUUCUGACCAUUGUCUAUCAUGUCCUGAUUUAUGUCUACAAAAAAAUUUGAUCUUGUCAUUGACUUUUUUGGAGUUGCUAAACACACAUUAAUGCUUUGGAAUUUCCAAUAUCAUCUUUUUUGAGUUAAGUAUAGUAUAUAUGC